ACCUCCUCGGUUCCCCCUGCUACUUGGCUCGGGACGUGCUCGUUCGUCUCUUCUACUCCCUCGCGGACGGCACCACGCCCUUCCUUAUAAGCACAUUCGCUAUAGCAGCCAAUGCAGUCCUGGAUUUCCUAUUCGUGAGCCGCUGGAAGUUUGGACCCCAGGGGCUGGUGCUCGCUACAGCCGCUGUGAACAGUGCUUCGGCUGUAGCGCUGCUGUGUCUGGCGCACAGGAGAAUGGGAG